ACAGUAUAUAAGAGCAGAGCUGCCUGCAGCAUCUCCACACAGACAUACAGCAUCACCACUAUAAGGGAGUUUGGAGAAGGUGUUGAAGAUGUCUAACGACAAGAACCCCGAGGUGGUCGGCUGCGACGCCUCGAUCAUGAAGAACGUCUGGGAGAUCAGAGAGAAGGAGUAUGAGCAGAAGAAGCUGAUGGAGCAGGAACGAAGAGAGAAGAGCGCUCUGCCCUCUAUCAACAAGGAGUGGGCAGGUCGUUUGGCUGCCAGACAGGGAAACUAUGUAAGGGUGGACACGAGGAAAAAGAAGUCAGUUGGGCAAAAGAUAGACGACAGCAAUGUCUGGAAGAGCAAGCUACCCCAGGCUCCUCCUACUCUUCCUCGUGGUGGAGGUCCAGCACCACAUGGCAAACCAGGAGUCCCAAGCAAAGGCUACUCUACUGCAGCCCCCAACCUCAGGGACAAAAAGGGACAGGACAAGAGUUUAAGAAAGCUACAAUUACUCAUGUUCAUCGCCCAAAAUCAACCUUCUUCCAUGGUGUGGGGUAAGUCAUGGAAGUACAACAAAGCCGUGCCACCACCGGCAGAGGGCACUGAAGUUAUUGCCACCUGGGGCCAGUGCUGGAUGUUUGCUACCAAGCAACCUUACACCGAACCAGGCAAGCCUUGGCUGAAUGGACCCAACCUGAUUAAUCCUCUUAACCAUCGUUUCUGGGAGAAACCUGACUACAGGAUGGUGGAAUCAGAAGAGUUAGACUUGAUGCUUCCCCCUGAGGAGUGGGAGAUGUCCUGGAGAAAGUUUGACAAAAACAGUAUGCAGGAGGAUGCAUCUUCAGCAAAUGGAGACAAUUCUGCGAAAUCUGCAUUGUUCACUCCACUGGUGGAGACUCAGCGCUACAAUGAAGCCUUGUGCUCAUCCGAGUGGAGCGACUCAUGGCAAUCCACCAAGCCAGCAAGUGAGGAGGAUGAUUUCACUGCCCCAGAUCAUGAUGAUCUAAUGAAUGAGUCUGAUGCUAAAAUGCAGGAUAAUGAUAGACAGAUGAGCUCAGAGUGGGAAGAAUGUUGGAAGCUUAUCAACCACCAUGGCGGCAACAAAUCAAAGUUGCCUGAAAUUAAAAAAUCUCACAAUCCAGAGUGGGCCAGUUCAUGGAGAGCAGCCAUGGUGGUCCGCAACAACCAUAAGAAUUCUGAACCAUCUCUGAGGCAAGAUCACGGUGAUACCUACGAUGAUCGCAGCCAUCUGAGAGAUUCAUAUCUCUUCAAUGUCUUGCUUGAGUCUCGUGAGCAGAAGCACAGAGAUCUGUACUUUCAGCUUUGCAAUGAAUUGGAGGCUUUGUCUGAAUGGAGCAAGUCUUGGCAGGUGACCAAAAACAACUCUAAACCAUGUGAAGAAAUAGAGAAAAUCCUGAAGGCCUCUGCACCAAGGAUGGAGACUGCUCUAGGGGCUCAGAAAGUGGAGAACAAGCCAAAGGAGCAAUAUUCAACAUCAGAGAAAGUAGACCCACUCUAUGAGCAGCUGAAACAUGACCUUAUCUAUCGCCCUAGGAGAGAAUUCUCCCAAUCUAAACUGCUUCAUCUGAAACACCUGGAAAAGGUCUUGUCUGCCUCAGAAUGGAGUGAAUCCUGGAAAACUCUGAAACACAGAAUGAGAAUGGAGAGAAGAAGAAUGAGGCCUGACCCUUCAAGGCCUUUCAGGGCAUCUGCAGAAGGAAGAGAGGUGACGCCUUCUGCCUCAGAGUGGAAAGACUCAUGGAGAUUCACCAGUCAGCCCCUGAGUCAGGACCCUGAAACUUGGCAGCAGGGUUGGUCCACCAUACCCCAAAUCCGUGUAGAUCGUGCAUGGGACCAGAACCACUUUGCGCCUGUGGUACUCCCUAAGAACGGGCCAGUCGGGGAGCGCAGUUGGGAAGAAUCAUGGAGGUUCUUAAGGCGCCAGCGCCAAUCAGAACCUGGCCAGGGUAGGGCACAAACCAACCAACAGAGGUUAAUGGCUUCCCACCAUUCUGGCAAUUCAUGGGCACAGAGGAGGUAUAAUGGAUCUGAUUGGCAGUUGGCCUGGAUGUUCUCAGAAACUCAGUUCCACCAUGACCGACCCUCCUUAACCCAGUGGAGGGAGGCCUGGAGGUGGCCUGCCUUCAACCCAGAGCACUCAUCUGAACAAGUGCCCAGAGAGAACAGGAUGGAUGUGCUAAUGGAGAUCCAACCCCAUCGAGAGAGGAUUUCCUUACAAAGAGCCCAUUCUAAAUUGAGUCGGUCUUUUGACAACCAAAUGUUCAGGGAAAGAUAUCCUGAGAAACAGUGGAACGCUUCAUGGAGAGCUGAGUCGCUUCUGAACCAUCAACCGAGUCAGUCUGGAUCUUCAGGGACACCUGGGAAAAGCACGAGUGGCACUACUCAGCAACAUCAUACCACUGACAAUGGGCAUGGAUCUAAGUGGGGAAUGUCGUUCAGGCUCGCCAACCCCAUGCCCCACUUGGAGCAACCCUGGGUGGAGUCCUCUGGUAACCCAUGCUACUAUAAAGUAAUGUGGUCAAGAGGACAGAGAAAACCAAACAAUAUCAACACCAACUUUAGCAACAACCCUGCGACCUUCAGGGUUUGGGUACACUCCAGUCGGUUCCGGCAGGCAGCCAGCGCACAGAUCAAAGGCAAAACUAUGUCUACGAAACCCACUGAUCCUCGGGUGAUAAUAACAAACAAUAUCAAAAUGAAGAACAAUUUAUUCUCUAACUUGGAGGACAAACAAUCAGAGAGGAAGUGGCCAGGAUGCCACCUGCUGGGUAAAACCCAACCACGUCCCAAGAGAGGCGCUGCACCUGCAAAGAACCUUAAGGUGGAGGACAAAGAUGAGUUCUUUGAAGAGUGGGCAGAAUCUUGGAGAUACUCAGUCCGGCCUGGUGGUCUGAAAAAGCAGAUGCCUGUCAAGUCGCUGUCAGGUUGGGGUGAGUCAUGGAAGUUCCUCAUUCCACCAUACCAGCCGAUGAACGGCCCAAAGGCCAAAUAGAAAGCACAGCUUAAACUUUUAUCUUAGUCAAAGUUGCUCUUAUA